CAUGGUGAUUACCAAUAGCGAGGCUGAGAAGGAUCUGGGUCCUCUCACGAUAAAAGGUGUUGCUUGAUUCCUCGAGGCUUCAGGGUCAAUAAUCAUCCGAUAGACUCUCGUAUCCUAAUCAUAGGACAUAGGAGAACGUACAUGUGGAACUGAGGGGGACGGAUAUCCACGUUUUUGAUAUAUAGCCAGAUAAACCAGGUUUGCAGACAUCCAAGUAUUUUAACGGUAUGCAUGAUGAGUCGAUCUUCAAAUGAGGUUUCAAUGCUACAGCUCAUCGAUCUCAUUAGUCGCUGGGUUGGCGGUUUGGCUUUAUGACUAUUGUAUCACAUCGGGAACUGAGGUGGUCCUUAAUGAGCAUCAUAAAGUUAAACCAUUUCUUAGACGUCGUCAACAGAUUCACUGGGUCUGGGGGAGACAAUGGAAAACUACCCGGAUCAUGUUUACACUUGCCCGUUACCUGCCAUUCAUAGGGGCUGUUAUGACUGUAUAUUCUGCUGUGGUGACUCGUACGGGCAAUUGUGAACCCUUCGAUACGGCGGAAAACAUCAUACACAUCGUGGGCAUUGUCGCUGCAGAAGGCUUACUAGUUCAGCGAACUUACACGUUUUGGGAAGGUAGUAAGCAAUUACUUGCCGGGCUUCUAGGACUCGCUGCAAUCCUUAUUGCAAUGGCUAUUUUUGUGCCAACUCAAGUGCAGGCUCCGGAAGGCUACACAAAUCCUGGGAGUUGCCUAUUUUUUGAUGGUAGAACAGGCGCGAUAGUAUAUGGGUUUUUGUUACUGUUCGAAUUCAUCCUGUUAUUUUUGAUCAUAUACAAAAGAUUCAAAAAUUAUCGCUUUACCAACAGCUCCGUGAUCAUCACUCUCUAUCUCGAUGGGAUCAUGUAUAUUAGCUGUAUAAUAUUGAUUACGUUGGCAAAUAUUCUCCUAACUGUUUCUGUUCCAGUUGGAUACAUCAAUUCACUCGAUACAUUGCAGAUCGUCGUACACAGCGUCCUAGCAUCUCGCAUUCUAUUCAACCUGCGUCGGACAGAUGCCCUAGGACCCGCUAUGCGCUGUGAGACCCUGAUGCCUCUGGUGGAUUCUGAUGGUCGUGCUACCUCAGUACUUCAGUCGUAAGGAGUUUCAUCGCGGAUGAAAUACCUUCCGCAGAAUUGCAAUUGGAGCUACGAGCUCGCAUGAAGUCGGUUAUCCUGUGUUUUAUAUUACAAAAAUCUUCCAAAUUCGUUUCACCCCACCAAAACUGGUAUUACGUUGCACAAGUUUUACAUCGUUAGGAUCUUGUUAGCCUUCAUGACCAGUAUACAAAUACAAAUACAGGUGACUUCUUGACAGCGCAACACCUCCCAUCUCUCUCAGGCUCAACCACGAGGAAUUCUAAUACGGUAACUUC